CGAAGUUAAAGAUGGCGGUGCCCAGGCGACAUGGAAUUUUGCGGACGUUUUCUUUUCCUCCUGGUCACCACCCCUUGCACCUAGGAAUCACGGAUCAAGAUGCAAAUGUUAUAGGAUGUAACAUAGAAGAUGCUGUGUCUGUCAUUUCAUUGACGAGGGCGCCAAACGAUUCUGACAGGAGGAAAGAUCUGUUCGCCUGCGUUUCGCCCCUCCCCCUCGACUCUGAACCUACCAAAGUGGGCGGGGACGAUGGCACAGCUGAUAUCAUAACUUUGUUUGCUGAGGAGAUGUUCUUCCGACAUUAUGGCUUCAGACACGAACAGAAGGUUACUUUUCGCCUUGUGAAAGCUUUUCCUCUCAGUAGACUUGUUAUCGGGACACGGAAGCAGCAAUGUUACGACUGGGCAAAUGGAGUGAUGUUCGGGACCGGUCUCCUCGUUGCGGUCUGCCAACAAAAGCUGUUGGCCAGGAAAGGAGACGUGAUGCUGGCCCCCGUGCUGCCGAUGCUGGGGGAUCCGGACACUGUCCUGCAGCAUUAUUUUGACAUGACAGUACUGGAAUGUGAGCCUGGGCUGCAGGGAGUUGUCACUGUCAAUACGUCUGUUAUUGUCACUUUGAUGGAUGAAGGAAGUGAAGAUAACUCACCUGAGGCUGACAGAGAUAGGUUGUCUCCUCCAAUAGCUGUUGUAUCUGACUUUGCCAGCUGCCUACAGACCAUGGAGUACACAUUGUCACUGCUGCCACAAGAAAGCCUCACUAAGGAAAAUGCAGAGAAGUUUUUGUCUUCACUACACAGUUCACAAUAUGUGAAGAGUUCCAACAUGAUGAUGAAAGUAAGGGUACUACAGCAGCAGUUAAAUGCAGCUGGGGAGACAGAUACAGGGGUCAGGUGUGCAGCUGAGCACCAGGUGUUUGUCAGUCUUAUGACACUGCAGAGGUUGAAAGUCUUCAGUGGUUCCUGGGUCAAAAUCUCCAUUGCGUCUGACAAUGAAGAUCAGUCUCAGGAUAGGGAAAUCUUAUCUGUCAAUGUACCAAAUGAGACUGUUGUUGUUCCAAGUGAAACCACCACACCUCAAGAAGAGGAAGUCUCUCACACGAUACCUGACCUUAAGGAAAAGUCUGCAGAAGACCUGCUGCCAUCAGGUAGUCCAGUGAGGAAGCUUGUUCCAAGAGUGUGUCUGGUUCAGCUGUGUGGUGUUGAGGCAGGCAGUCCACACAUGGUGUCAGAUGAUGUCCUGCAUGUCUCCCCCCAGCUGUGGUUCAAUCUUCAGAACCUGCCUCCCAUCAAAUCACCUGGCAGUUGUAUGUGUACAAUAGAGCCACUGUUGCCACUCAGUCCUGGCCCUGUCCAGUCCCAGAGUCCCAGCAGGUCCUGUCAGCCACCUUAUGCCAGCCAGGUGUGCAUCACCAUGGUAACAUCACCUGCCUACACACCCACCUGUCACUUUGACUCAGCACUCAAACAGUACUUCUCUACUACCAGGUGUCCAUUUGUAUAUUUUAAGGUGACCCAGGUGUCACCCACAUGUCAGGAGGUUCCAUCCUAUCUGGUUGAUCUGAAGCAUACUGACUUAUACCAGGAAGGGCUGGUGAACAGCUACAUCCCUGCAUCAGCUGACACCUUCACAUCUGACACCCCAUCCUCCUUGUCGACCAGUGUCCAUCCUCCAGGCCUGGACCAGUAUGUGGAUAGGCUGUGUGACAUCAUUGUCCCAUACCUGACACAUAGCCCACCCGAGGCAGUGAAGUCCUCUGUCCUGCUGACUGGACCUCAGGGUGUGGGCAAGUCUACAGUCAUCCGAGCUGUCAGGAGGAGACUCAACACGCACCUGUUACAGGUGAACUGUUAUAACCUGUGUGGUGAGAGUUCUGCUGCUACAGAGACCAGGGUGAACAGCCUGUUCCAGAAGGCCCUGAGCUGUGCCCCCUGUAUCCUACAUCUCAGGAACCUGGGGGUUCUGGGAAGGGACAGGGAUGGACAUGAGGAGGACCCUCGGGUGGCUGCCACGCUGCAUGAAGCUUUAAUAGGACUCAGACAUGAAACCAGUGAGUACCCAGUAAUAGUGGUUGCCAGCAGUGCAGCUGCUAAGGAUGUCACAAGUGAUGUGAGGGGAGCAUUUCUUCAUCAUGUGGACAUCAAGACCCCCAGUAAAAGAGACCGUGUGAUGAUGUUGAAGACACUCUGUCAGGAUGUACCCCUCAGUUCAGAUGUCUCCAUAGACAAGAUUGCUGCCAGAUCAGCUGGAAUGGUUCUUGGUGAUCUCUGCAGUCUCCUGUCCUGUGCAGCAAGAAAAGCUCACAGGAGGAUUCUAGGUUCAUGCUGUCCAGAUGGCAGGUUGAGUGAACAGGAGCAGGUGGACCUGGUAGCAGCUGGGGUGGAGGUGAAACAGGUGGACUUUGAGAAGGCCCUGGACCACCUGCAGGCAGCUCACUCAGACGCCAUUGGGGCACCAAAGAUCCCCAACGUGAGCUGGGAGGAUGUAGGCGGGCUGGCCCAGGUGCGGGCAGAGAUCCUGGACACCAUCCAGCUGCCUCUGCAGCACCCGCAGCUGUUUGCAGCUGGCAUGAGGAGAUCAGGUGUUCUGCUGUAUGGACCUCCAGGCACAGGGAAGACCCUGCUGGCUAAAGCUGUGGCUACAGAGUGUUCACUCAACUUCCUCAGUGUGAAGGGUCCAGAGCUGAUCAACAUGUAUGUAGGGCAGAGUGAGGAGAAUGUCAGAGAAGUGUUCUCCCGUGCCAGAAGUGCAGCGCCCUGUGUGAUCUUUUUUGAUGAGCUGGACUCUCUCGCUCCCAACAGGGGCAGGAGUGGGGACUCAGGAGGGGUCAUGGACAGGGUUGUUUCUCAGCUGCUGGCUGAGCUGGAUGGGCUCCACUCUGCUGCUGAGGUGUUUGUGAUCGGAGCCACCAACAGGCCAGACCUGCUGGACCCUGCACUGCUCAGGCCAGGAAGGUUUGACAAGCUGUUGUUCUUGGGUGUGAGUGAGGACCGACCGUCACAGCUCAAAAUUCUCCAGGCUCUCACAAGGAAGUUCCAACUUGCUGCUGACACCCAGCUUGAGAAGGUUGUAGACAACUGUCCCUACAACAUGACAGGAGCAGACUUCUAUGCACUCUGCUCCGAUGCCAUGCUUAAUGCCAUCAGGAGGAAGAUAGAGCAGCUGGAAGCAGGCCUCCCAGUUGACCAGACUGAUGUAACAGUAGGGGAGCAAGAUUUCAUCAUGGCACUCCAGACUCUGGAACCUUCUGUGUCCACCUCAGAACUGGACAGGUACAAGCAGCUGCAGGGCCUGUUCACAACUUCUCUGUCCAACUCAUCUGUCCCAAGUCUGGAGUGACACCUCCAGGUUUCAAGUGGGCUUGGUAUGAACAGAUUAAAGUUGGGCAUUUUGUCAAGGCUGCAUCAAUAACAUCAUGGAGA